AUGCCUUCCACCGUCUUGAAGAAGCUUGGCAAGAAUGGCCCCGAAAUCCCUCCCGUCGGAUUCGGUCUCAUGGGCAUCGGUAUCGACUGCUAUGGCGCCACUGGCAACGACGAGGAACGCUUUGCCGUGCUCGACCACGCGUGGAAGAUUGGCUGCACUCACUGGGACACCUCGGAUGCCUACGGCGACUCUGAGAUUCUCAUCGGAAAGUGGUUCAAGCUGCACCCUGAGCGUCGUGCCGACAUCUUCUUGGCCACCAAGUUUGGCAUUUCGGCAGAGGUCCAGGCGGACGGCACCUACAAGGGAACCGUCAACAGCACUCCUGAAUACGCCAAGAAGGCCUGCGAGGCGAGCUUGAAGAAGCUCGGAGUUGACUACAUCGACCUGUACUAUGCGCACCGAGUUGACGGAAAGACGCCCAUUGAGAAGACGGUCCAGGCCAUGGUCGAACUCAAGAACGAGGGCAAGAUCAAGUACUUUGGCUUCUCUGAAAUCUCCGGAGACAGUCUCCGUCGAGCAUGCGCCGUUCACCACAUUGCCGCCGUCCAGAUCGAGUACUCCGCCUGGGCUCUUGAGACGGAAGGCCCUGUGUCCAAGUAUCUCCUCAAGGCCUGCCGCGAGCUGGGCGUCGCCACCAUCGCAUACUCACCCCUCGGCCGCGGAAUGCUGACCGGGCAGUACACCAACACGGCGGAGCUGGAGAAGACGGACUACCGAAACAGCGUCGAGCAGUUCAAGGGCGACAAUUUCAAGAAGAACCUGGAGCUGCUCAACAAGUUCAAGGAGGUGGCCGCGAAGAAGGGCUGCAGCCUUUCUCAGCUGGCGCUGGCCUGGCUGUUGGCUCAGGGCGACGACAUCUUCCCCAUUCCCGGCACCAAGAAGACCAAGUACAUGGACGACAACUUCGGCGCUCAGAACGUUCGUCUGACUCCGGACGAGGCCGGUGAGAUCCGGAAGCUGGUGGAGAACCUCGGAGUUGCUGGCGACCGGGAUGUGGCCUUUAACCAGUAUGCUGACACGCCCGCUCUGUAA